AUGCUGUUUGCAAGGAGGUUGUUGGCUGGGCCUGGUCGAUGGUGGUUUAGAGACGAGCCCGAGGUCCAGGACGCCCCGGACGUCCAGGUUUCCAGCGAGGAUGCCUGGGAAGAUGCCGGGAGACAGCGAUCGGAGUCCCAGGUCAGCAAUCUUGACGAGUGGGACUGGGACAUCGUGGAGGCGAUUGAGGAGCAAAGCCGUGAGAAUGCCGUAUUGGACAUCCUCCCUGGCGACGUCGCUUCGGAUGUGGCACCGGAGCCAGAACUCCCGGCUCGGACACAAGGAUAUGGAUCAAGCUACUCGUGCGUUUGUUGCCCAAAGGCAAGCCGGGACACUGCCGUAAGAGCAGCCCCGUCCGAGACUGUAGUCCCGGAGAACGUGUAUGCGGAAUUUAAUCCACUUGUGGAGCGAUCGGGCGUCUCAGAACCAGACCGGCCACCUUCUCCACACGAGUCUGUUGGCUCCGACGAUGGAGCAAUUGUAGGACUCGCCAGCAACGUGCACAGCACCGAAAACUUGCCGAUGCACACGGACCAUCCAGAGGCAGCACCUUUGGCCGGGUCCGCUGCGCACUGUGGAAGGUUUGCAGCGACCACGACCUCACACUGGUGUGGACGCUAUCCAGGCACUGUACCAAGAGGCAGUGAAGAAGAGUUGGCCAGCAAGCUUCAGCGGCAGCUAGCCCGGGCAGAGCAAGAAGGUUGUGUGCUGCAGUCAGGCAGCCGACCCUCGGCAGUGGCCGACGUGCAAGCCACAACGGCUGAUGAGGCCAAGGCAGCACGGCCGAAAUCGAGUGGGACUUGUGUUCAGCUCCUGUACGCUUCCAAGCGUCAUUCCCUUUUCGACUUCCAGUCGAAGGGCCCGGGCAGCCUCAUGGCCGCUCGCUCUAACCGCCCGAGACCUCCGAAGCUCUCGCACUCUGGUAGCUUGGGCAAGGUUGACGGUGUGCUGAGCCGUCAAACCUCAAAAGAUUCAUCUCCUGUUGCGUUGGCGGCCUUUGGUUUGUUGAAUCCGCCAGACUCGCACCCGUCUACUCCGAUUGGUGUUCCUGAGCUGAAGAAGCCGCUUGCCUUAGACGAUGUAAACGAGGAGCUGCUUGAAAGGGGGAGGGAGACGUGGCACGCAUGGUUGCAGCGGCUCCUGGCCUUUACGGGCCCUGGUUGGCUGAUGAGCAUUGCGUACGUCGAUCCUGGAAACCUGGAAGCAGAUCUUCAAGUCGGGGCACAAUUUGGAUACUCUUUGUUGUGGGCUCUUACUGGUGCUACGUUUAUGGGUCUGGGAAUGCAGCUGCUGGCGGCCCGGCUAGGCUGCGCUACAAAGCGCCAUUUGGCAGAGCACUGCCGGGAUGCCUUUGAGUUUCCACUCCGGCAGCUUCUUUGGAUGCUCACCGAGCUGGCGAUUGUCGGCUCGGACAUCCAAGAGGUGAUUGGCUGCUCCAUUGGCCUGGAGCUCCUCUUUGGUAUCCCCCUGACUGUUGGAGUAUUGAUCACGGCCUUUGCGGCCUUCAUCUUUCUUUUCUUGGAACGUCUCGGGACACGACCGCUCGAGCUGUUUUUUGGUGUGCUGAUCUUGAUUUUGGCUUUGUCCAUGGGUCGCUUGUAUGCAAGAAUUUGUCCUGACAGCAUGGCAGUGGCAGAAGGUCUGCUCGUUCCGUGGCUACCACCUUCCGCCAUGCAGCAGGUAGUUGGGAUGGUUGGCUGUGUGAUCAUGCCACACAACCUGUUCUUACACUCUGCUCUGGUGCAAAGCCGUGUGGUGCAGCCUGGGGGCGAGGCAGAUGCUGUUUGGCUCUUCACAGUAGAGUCAACUUGCGCGAUCCUCACCUCGCUGAUCAUCAACACCUUCGUCGUGGCAGUCUUUGCAAAGGGCUUCUUUGGCAAGCCCGGAACCGAUGCAAUCGGUUUGGCAAACGCCGGCCAAUACUUGGGAGAGGCUUUUGGGGAACCAAUGAAGAUCGUCUGGGCCCUAGGUCUGUGCGCGGCCGGCCAGUCCAGCACGAUGACUGGUGCCUACGCCGGCCAGUGGGUGAUGCAGGGAUACCUGGAUUUGAAGGUAGCUCCAUGGAAACGGGCCAUCAUUACUCGUUCCAUGGCGCUAGUUCCAUGCCUUGCUGUCGCAAUCUACUUCGGAGGACAGCGUGAUGGCUUGGACAUUCUCAACACAUACCUGAAUGUGUUGCAGAGUGUCGUACUUCCUUUCGCGGCCGUGCCCCUGCUAAUUUUUGCAGGGUCGAAGCGCGUCAUGGAUAAUCUGGUAUUGUCGAAAACCUCGCUGAUAGCUGCUUGGUUUGCUACAUCUUUGAUCAUUUGCGCCAACCUAUACCUGGCGGUAGAGCAGUUUGCUGGAUACGGUAUGGCUCGCAUGCAGGAGCUCGAGGCUGAGGAGAAGGACGUCCCAGUCGAGGAGUCGCCGCUGACGGCCGCACGGCGCAACGCACUGCAGCGCCAGGACAGCCCGCAGCCUACUGAAAAGGCUCGGUCUUUCUGGUCUCUUCUGGGUCGGAAGGGCGCAAAGACCUCCCAUGCAAAGACGCGGGCGGAGAGACGGGCGGAACGCUGGGAGAGACACCGCAACUUUGAGCGGGUUCGCUUCGAGGUUGGUGAUGGCGAAGAUCCCGAGGAAGCCGACACAAAGAAUGCCCUGGGGUCCACGGCAUACCUGGAAAGCCUCAGGAUGCAGAGGAUGGUGAACUCGGCACAGAAUUUUCAGCCGCGCUCUCGACAGCAAAUUUCGCCGAUUGCAAAGCACGCAAAAGGUGCAGCUCAGAAGCAGGACCUUGCCAUGGAGGAUGCGACGGAGAAAGCGUUGAACCUGGAGCAUUGGUUUGACUCUGGGCUCCACCUCGGAGAGGUCCUGCAGCCGAAGAAGAUGCCACCUGCAGGUUACGAAGUCGCGGCCUGGUCAGAACAUGUUCCUUUCCUGAAGCAUCUUCGAACUGGCGUGGUCCUUUGGCCUGUCCGCUUCAACCUGCUGCCCUUCUUUGAAGCUCUUGAAGGGCAGAUGGCCUACCGUCGGCUCGUCACGGUCUAUCACUACACCACCGGUUCUGGCUUCAACAGGAUUGUGGCUCGGUUUGACACCGGGACCAGCGACUUUCCUGCGGCUCACGACUUCGCCGAGGAACUCUGGGACAGGUUAGUGGAAGAUGUUCAAGGACUCGAAGCGCAUGGUGAAGACAUACCUGACGACGCUUUUGUUGCGAUCAAAGACCCUCCCGACAUCUUCACAGACCGUGAGAAGCUGUGCAGGGCGGCCUGCAGGCUUCCCGAUGGACAUGGAAACAUUGGCUGCAGGUUACCGAUGCGAUGCCGUCAGCAGAGUGUAGGCUUUUUUGAAAACUGGUGUAUGAUGCUGUCUGUACUUAUUGUUUCUCAUGUUGGGCUACAUUCAAUGCAUCCCACCCCGCUUCAAUAUCCGACUCAGCCUUCCGAACCGAUUUCAAGCGCGCGAGACGAUGAGGGUUGGGCAGGAGUGUGGCAAGUUGUUGACCUAGGACGCGUGCUGCCUCUGAGCCGCGUCUCCUACUGCAUUGCUUUACACGUGCCAGAGGACAGGAUUCUGAGCAACAGGCAGUGGAAAUCCACUGUCUUUGUUGCAGCGCCUGGAAGCGUGGACGAUGAUGACUUCCGAAGCUUGUCGACAGGGACGAGCACCACCGGUGAGGAUUCCAAAUUGCGCUGGCUUGGCUUCAUUGGUGACAGCUCCAAGAACAGCAGGAAGCGACAAGAAAAGCUCUUGGCAGAGGUGAAAGUACUGGGUCUUUUGGAUGGUCUCGUUGAUCCCGAAACUGGCGACGUGUUGCAGGACAAGCAGGCGAAAGCUGAAAAUGAUGGUACUUCCAGGCGAAGUUCGAUAACAUCAGCCGGAUCCGUUCCAACUCACGACGGCGAGGACGAUCAAGAGAAGAAAAUGGUGGAGGAGCGAAUCGCAUUCCUGGAGAAGGAAUUGCAGCGCUGCGAGCGCAAGCAACGCAAAGCCUCUGCGGACACCGGUGGACCGCUGGCCUUCUUUGAUCUCGAUCCAGAGAGAAUUAAGCGGCUUAGCAAUAUCCACCAGCGACUGACCGACGACUUAUCUCAAGCUCGUGCGCAUCUGCGAAGCUUGGAUGAUGAGGAGACGCGAUCUUCUCGUCGCCGUGAGGCACUCCUGCAGGCAGUGACCGAUGGUAAGGCCUCUUCCGCAGGAGCAGUGAAAGCAAAGAAGCAUGGUCCUCAAUUCUCGGAGUUCGCUGCCGACACUCGCGACACCAUUUGCCACAUGGGCGAUGAGUACAAGGAUCUGAAGGGCGAUAUCUUGCGUGACAUGUUGGGGGGCUCUGUGACGGCUGCGCGGACUUGGUUGGAAAGCAAGGGCGACCCAGAUACAUAUCAUGCUGGUACUGGUUGGACUCCGCUGUUGAUGGCAGUAUCCACUGGGAAUAUGGAGUUGGUGGAGCUGCUUAUUUCUUACAGGGCGAGCCUGACACUCCCGGCGAAAGGCUCCGGGGAAACGUGUGUCCAUCUUGCAGUGUACAAGACUACCAGUGAGAUGCUUCACAAAGUACUGGAUGUGCAUGGACCAGCUACCAAGGAGGUACGCAACGACGGAUCCACAGCGCUGAGUCUGGCAGUGGAAAAGGCUCCAGCACGUGUGAAGAACGAGUUCAUACGUGCUCUCCUAGAGAAACACUCGGACCCCAACGUGAAGCGGAAGGAUGGCUGGACGCCUCUGGGUCUCGCUGUUCGACUUAACCUGCGCCACGCGACAAAGUCAAUGGUUGCUGCACAUGGGGCCAUUCUGACCAUAGUUCCGGACACCAAGCCGCCGCUUACUCUUUGGGAGCUGGCGGCUCCACAUAAGGACCUCCAGAAAGUCAUCCGAAUGAAGCUUCCGAGCAAGGACUUGUCGGAAAUCGAGAAACGAUGGCCGGGAACGCUGCUUCAGAUGGUUGAUGAUGACUAG